UCAACUUUUGAAAAGCGACACAACAAGAAGCAAGCCGUGUGCAGGAGAUACCGUGGCCGAUUUUAUCACUUUGAAAAACAAAUCUUCGCCAGAUGUGGCUAUCUCGCUAAAUGCAUGCGAAAAUAUGAUAGGGAUGAAAAAGCAUGCAGACGUCGAACUCAAGGCAUUGGUAGAAUGAAGCACCUCAAUAAAGUUUUCAAAAGAUUCAGAAAUGGCAUCAGGGAAGGAGGAGUUGCAAAGAAAGUGGAGGCAGUGGCACCAGCUCCAGCAUCUGCAGCAGCAAAAUAA